CUCAGUAGUGGUACAUCGCCCUCCAGCGGCUGAAUCAUGUAUAAUUUCGUCUUGGUUUAAAUUAAGCAGAUGGUGGGCAACAUUAGCUAAGCUAACUCAUACCAACCUUUUCCUUUUCUCUCCACAUUCCGCGAGUUUGGCGCAGCGGUUCUUAUUUUUCCCAUAAUAAGUUAAAUGUAUAUUUCAGUGUCUCUGAGAGUCGCAGCCCUGCAUUCCAAAAAGGAAGACGAGUACUUCACCAUGAGCUCAGAUGAUGGUGACCUGGAGAACCAGGCUGAGCUGGAGGAGAAGACCAGGCUCAUCAGCCAGGUGCUGGAGCUUCAACACACCUUAGAGGACCUGUCUGCCCGGGUGGAUGCAGUGAAAGAGGAGAACCUGAAGCUGAAGUCAGAGAACCAGGUUCUGGGCCAGUACAUUGAGAACCUCAUGUCUGCCUCUAGUGUCUUCCAGACAACUGAGACCAAGAGUAAAAGAAAGUAAGCAGAACUUCAGAGAUGACUGGCCCAGAAUCUGCCUGAACCUGGAAACAUCAGAAUCGAUUGUGUUCAUGGACCCUUGAAUAACACUACAUCUCAGACAGAAAUCAAAGCAAUGACUGAAUGUAAAUAUUAUUUAUCUUUAUGUGACCACCAGGAAGCAGUGUUUCUGCAUUCCAGCAGGUUUCUGGAACUUAAUAGUGUAGGUCUGACCCAGAUCAGCCCGGUACUGAAACAGAUGACCCCCGAUGUGUUCGCCUAAUCAGCAGAUUGAAGAGUCAAACACUUUAAACAGAACUGUUACAGAUUGUUACAGGAGUCUGAACUGUUGAUAGGACGAACAUUCAGAGGAGCAUCGGGCUUGGAGAUAUGUUAUCACAUCAGCACAUUUAUAGUCAUCAUGUACAGGACAGAGUUCCUGGAUUUUCUAGUUGUUAGAAGGGAAGCCCAGUGUGGCAAAAAUGUCCAAUUUCCGUUAGAGUUUUAACAGAGUUCUUCAAGAUCAACAAAUAAGAGAGACAACUGGAGUACUCUUCCUCAGCCGACAUGUAUGUUAACCUGGAUAAAUCCCACCACUUAGGUAAACCAUGCGCUCCCUAAAACAUUAGUUUAUGAAGCUGAAGGAAGAAGAAGAAAAAAACAGAUGUAUCUUUGUCUGAACAUUAAAAGCAGCAAUGGACAGUUGUUAAUGUGCUGCCAGAUCUAGGAUGUGUUAUCGAUGGACAUCGAUCCCAUUUAGACAAAAUACUGAUUCUGACCAGGUUUCACUGGGCUUGCCAGCACAUAUGUGAUGAUAAUAAUGUACUCUAACUGUGAUGAAUAGUUCUACACACUUGUCAGGCUCUAAGUUGGUUCCACAGGCCUAACUGCAUUCUCUGAAAGCACACCCAGCCCUGUGAUCUCGCCAAAUCCUCUUGAAUGACGUAUAUGACAGUGUCUACAGAGUCCUACAUAGCUUGUAAGUGUUUAAAGACGGAGGUUUCCUUCAAACAUUAGUAGGAAACCAGAGAAAAGUGACUUGAACCUUCUUCCUGCUGAUUCCUUGUCCAAAUUGUUCCCCUCCGCUCCUGCAACAGAAACAACUCUCCUCCCUGGUGGUUAAGUGUUUCCGCUCAGUCCCAUGUGUCCUUGGGGUUCUGGUCACAUGUUACAUGGAGCAGCUGUCAGCGUCCAGGACGCAUCCUUCUGUCCUCCUUGUAACAGGAGGGACACUGGGACACACACAGGUCUGGGACAGGAGGACGCCCCCUUUGUCUUGACCUUUCUGAGUCAGUAUCAGUCCGAAUGUUGCAGACACUGGGAGUUUAGACUUUGUGUUUUGCUUGCAUUGAUGUUUAUGGUGAAGACUUAUGAGCCCUCUGAACAGCACUUAUCAUUUGCUGGAGUCGGUGUUGUGAUGCUGCUCAUCGUAGGUAACAUUAGAAGAAAAUGUGUCCGUGUGGUCUUCAGCUGCUACAGUCGUGUGUUUCUGCUUCCUGUUCCUGUGUUAAAGCUCUGUGACUAGCAGCCAUACUAGAUUUAAUGCAUCCAGUGUGUUCUGGUGCGUUCAGACUAAACGCGAAUGACGCGACCGGAGCGUUACAUGUAGAGGCGUGUUCAGGAAUGAAGCGAUGCCAAGAACGUGGUUCUAGUGAUGUGAGCAGCGCUCUUAGGGCGAAUAGAGCGAAGCGAAACCCAAGACGGACGCGAAUCGAAUUUCGUUGAAGUUGAAAAAUCGGAACUUUUCUCUCAGUUCGCGUCGCGUCUAUAGCCCUCUUUUCAGCACAACAGUUGUCAUAAGUAUGAAACUCACAGCUGUUGCUCAGGGUACAUCUAUGUUUAUGUAGGAAAUUAUAUAUUAUUCAUAAAUAUGACAUUUUCAGAUGCAUAUGUCAGCAAGCAUGAUUUCUAGGUCGUCAAUCAGCCGUUAUUACAUGAUUAUACAAUACGCUACCAUGCUACAUUCUGUCAUAUCAGGUCUUGCCUGCUGUAUUUUGGCGGUCCUCGUCCACAUGUUUAGGCACAAAAAUGUUUAUUAUAUUUAGACGAUGUGGACAUUACAAUAUGGCUGUUUUUCUAUUGAGCUGAGAUUUAUUUACUCACCAAAGACAGAUGGACAGGCGUUUUGCAGCGGGGAUGCAGCACCUGUACUUGGUGUCCUGGAGGCUGAUUCCCCCAACGCGGGACAGUCGGGUCCUCAAACUGGGUCCUGGAUAGAGAGAAGUACCGCUGAAAGCGACGGUCAUCCAGACGUUGCUCCUGGAGUAGAUGGUGGUACUCUCCAAACUGGUUCCGUCUCUGGUGAACCCAGGGACGUCGACGCCUGCGGCGUUGUUCGGCUUUUCAUAAAUAAAGCACCGUGACUCGCUCCAUGUUGAGUUGAAACCAGCAAGCAGCAGGUAGAAGCUCCUCCUAUUUGAUGAUGCGGUGGAGCGAAUGGAGCAUUGUCGCCCAUUGGCCACACAGAUUGCUGGCGAAAUGUCAAGCGUGCGACAGCACACGGAUGAGAUGAAAAAUUCGUCGGGAUCACGUUCGGUCUGAACGCAUCAUUAGAUGUCAUCAACCCUGUUGCAUUUGUGUAUUGUUUACAUGUUGUUUUUUUAAUUUACAUUAUUAAUGACCAGCUGAAUAAAGUUCUGAUCUUUGUUUCUGAUGAA